AGUGUACGUGCGACCGUUCGCGGCCGACGACGAUACGCUGUAUACGUGCACCGUUCACUUUAUUACGCAGUAGCCAACACCGCUGACCGCGUGGACUCAAGUGGAAAGUGCACACAAUUACUGUGUUUAGAACCUCACGAAACGACUGAAUACCCUCAAAAUUACCCCCAAAACACUACCAGUGAUAACUCUUAUCAGUGUGUAAAAGUUUCAAAGUGCCCAAAGAACUCGGAAGGACACCGAAAUUGCGCAGUGACAACACACACGACACCGUCAGUGACUCGUAUCGUAGCCGUUUCAGUGUUUUUGAUGGUUUCGAGCCACGUUACAAGGUUAUCGCGCCUCUAGUCCGUCAGUGAUGAAUUGAAAAAUCGGCGCGUAGUCGCUCACGUGGUUGCGCCCCGCCCCCGCCUCGACCGCGCUUAUAUUUAGCGAAAAUCGUCUCUCUGGAACGGUCCGACGGCCGACUCUCGGCGCACAUCGCUGUUUAUGAACAGUGAGACGCCACAUGUUAUUGGCUUCGAAUAACAGAGCCGAUAAGGAAAAGAUAGAUAACCCCUGCGUACCACGGCCCGAGUCCGGCGACGUUCUGGAAAUAGAAAGAAUUAUAGAAAUCAGAAAGGCGAAUGUGCUGAGAUGCUAAUGAUCGGCAUCGGCACGCGGUGGUGAGGUCGGUUCGACACACCUCCGGAAAAAUUCCACUGAUCGAAAUCUAGGCGGGAGCAAUGUCGUUGCAGGGGAGCGGCGGAUUUCAGAGUCCGUGGUCUUCGCAGACCGGGCUGGCAGAGUUAGAAGGAACAAUGGGGGAAUUGGAGCCUCUGGGAGAGCUCGCCGAAGCCGGUUUUGAGCCACAAACGCGCGCGCGAUCUAACACGUGGCCACAGCCGAGGCCAGACAACUACGUGGACCCUGUAGAGGACGCGGGCUCUAAGAAGAAUUCUAACCAGAACCUGCCUGGAGCCCCACCACUGCCUUCCUCGGUAACGGCUAAGAAAAAUUCGUCCCGGCGCAAUGCUUGGGGCAACCUAUCUUACGCUGAUCUCAUAACCCAAGCCAUCACCUCGGCACAAGACAACCGAUUGACGUUGUCCCAAAUCUACGAGUGGAUGGUCCAGAACGUGCCAUACUUUAAGGAUAAGGGCGACAGCAACUCUUCUGCUGGAUGGAAGAACUCGAUUAGACACAACCUGUCGCUACACAACCGGUUCAUGCGAGUGCAGAACGAGGGGACAGGAAAAUCGUCCUGGUGGAUGAUAAAUCCUGAUGCGAAACCGGGCAAGUCGGUGCGAAGACGAGCAGCGUCCAUGGAAACUUCAAAAUUUGAAAAACGGAGAGGGCGUGUCAAAAAGAAGGCUGAAGCUUUAAGGAACGGCGUAACAGCUGAUGCAACUCCAAGUCCUAGCAGUUCAGUUUCAGAAAGCCUUGAUAUGUUUCCUGAAUCACCACUUCAUAGCAACAGUUUUCAGCUAUCGCCGGACUUCCGUCAGAGAGCACCUUCGAACGCAUCUUCUUGUGGGCGGUUAUCUCCUAUUCCAUCUCUGAUUGCCACGGAACCAGACUGGGCGUCGGAAUACGCCACAGACUUCGCUUCCAAUAGCGAGUUCACACAAUCCGUCGACUAUGCCCAAGAGGAGCAGUUAGCUGGCACUUUAGCUGAUUCCAUGAAGCUGCAAGGAGCUGAUCCAUUCCUAAAUACAUAUGUACCAACGACGUCGUCGUCAUCCUCUGGAAGCAACUACCGGUACACCUACGGUGGUUGCCCACGGCAUCCACACGGCGGAUGUGCAUGUGCAUCAAUGUAUUCACAUCCAGCGCACCCCGCGCAUCCAACACACCCACACCAACAUGCCCUCGAUCACUUCGUCAGGCCACCACCUCCAGCAGAUCCAGCUGAUAUCAUGCAAACAGAAAACAGUCAAACUCAAAUAGUGACGACAUCAGAUGCAGCGCUAAUGAACGGAGGACUGAUGGUGCAAACAGGUGCCAUGGGUCCCACAACAGUAAUGGGGCAAAUCAUGGGGGCUCUUAAUACGGGGUUGGCGGAAGAUUUAAAUAUAGAAGCUCUUGAACAUGGCUUCGACUGCAAUGUUGAUGAGGUCAUAAAACACGAGCUCAGCAUGGAUGGUUCCCUUGACUUCAAUUUUCCGCAACAGCAGUCUGCCAUGGCUGCCGAAGCUGAGAGUCAAUUCGCUGCGCCCGCGCCGCCUGUGCCCACCACGCUCUCGGGUGGUGGUGCACCCCGCACCCCUUACUCCGCCGCCCCCUCUUGGGUCCAUUGAACCUAACCCCGCACACUUCUGGACUCGAUACCUACUUACAGGUUGUCAAACGUCAACGCGGUUUUCCUAUUGUAAAUAUUGACGCGAUUUUACUGUUUAAGUUAAAAUUUUUAUUUGUUUUGUUACUUUCGCAUUGUAGUCGAGAUUUUCUUUGUUCAUUUUAUGAUGUUAACUAAUGUUAGAUUUUUAUUUAGCGGUUAAUUAAGUGGACUGUUACCGAUCGUUGUUGAAGUGUCAAUUGUGUUAGUGUAGGCUUUAGUGCUAAGCUAGGUGGAAGCUUGUGAUAUAGAUAGGUUUUUGUAAUCAGAAUAUUUGUUGGACCUUGAGGGGGUGCGCGGGAUUUACUUGUGGCAGUUUGCGGUUGAAGUUAAAGAUCAAUCGGAUGAGCACAACAUGCCGCACAAGCUGUUAACGCUUCGACGUGCUGUUCUGCGUAUAAAAAUAAUACUAUAGAAAAUAACUCCUACUGUUGUGUUUUGUCUUAACGAGACAUCGCAACGGCAUUAUAAGAUAUACAACGAUCAUCACAAAUGAACCAAAUUCAUGAAGACCAGUUAUUUUGGAGACUGAAACUAGUGUACUAGUUUAAGACAUUGAUUGGCAUACUAAAUUGACGAUCUAGAAUGUGUGAUUCGAAGUGAUAUUUAAAUAAAAAUAUUUUUAUUCAAUUUAAAAUUAACAGGAGCCGCUCGAAAAAUUUAUUGUAUAUACCUAACACGACCAUCGUCUCGUUGCCCCCCUUGAAAAUACACUUUAUAAUUAUGAGAAUUAUUAUGAAGUGAAAACAAUAAUUCAUAAUACGUUACAAUGUAUGACAAAAGUUUCAGGCUUUAUAAUCUGUGAGCGUCCAGGUUUUAAUUGUACCGGUACAUUGCCUGCUUAAUUAUUCGGUAACUUGUAGAUAUUAAAAUUUUGCCAUACUUUAUUCUACCGCAAUUCUAUAUUCGCAUUAAAUAUUAAUGUGGGCCAAUUAAUCAUUAAUAUCUGAAAGAGAUGCAGACAUACAUACUUGUUGUACGAAUAUUUUUCCAUAUACGAUACAUUGAGUAGAGUAGAAAUCAUUGUAAUAUGCCAUAGCAUUAAAUAUAUCGUAGAGUUAAUUGUUUUAAAUUUUAUGCUUACACAAACAAGAGCCAUUUUGUACCAAAAAACAGGUUUACACUUUGCUCAACACCAAAACUAACGUUCAAAUGCGUAUACCUACAGUGAAUGCACAAGUUUUUAUAAGAAUUAUACUGCUCUGAUGACAGUGCCUGUUAGAAUAUUUUGAGAUGGAUGUAAAUGUUAUACUGGUUGUUCGAAUAAUUUAUAACAAACCGUUGGUGUUAGGAGUUGACGCACAAACAAAAAUCCAUUAUAGUCAGAUCUCUAGUCCCACAUAUAUAUUUUUAAUAAGCGUCUGUGUCUAACUAACGCAGGUUUUACUCAUAGAUAAGCGAAAUAGCGUGAGGGCGAUCCCUCCUACCACGGAGAAAAUCUCCUUUUUUGAAAGCAAUCUCCACGAAAUGUUAUUAAAUAAUGUACUCAAAUAGUAAACACAUGCAAUGGGUUUGACAAAAACAAACGGUGAUGUAUAGCUAACUGUUCUCUUAGUUCCAAAUAUCACGAGAAUUAUGUUUGACAUACAUAUUUUGACAUUUUGUUUUUCUCCAAAGUUAAACAAAAAUAUGAUAUAAUUCAUACUAUGAAUUACCUCAAUGGACUGUUUGUGAUAGAUUUAGCCAUUAAGUGUUCAAUUUAGUGCGUUUAUGAUGUAAGUCAAUUCUUAUACCAUUUGUCGUCCAUUUUUGCAUAUAAAAAAAAACAUAAUAAAUAAUUUCGAGUAGCUCUAUGAUUUUUUUUAUCCAGAUAUAAAUUAAUUUCUGAACCUUCACUGCUUUUAUACUUUUUUAUGUAUAUUUGCAGCUGACGAUGGUGCUAUAAAGACUAUUUUUAAUAAAAUCAUAUUGAAUAAAUAGGUACAUAAAAAUAUUUCAAAAUUUUACUAAUGCAAAGAAUACUAACGUAC